AUUACUGAACCGAUCAACGGGGUCUAGUUCAGACGGCCUAGAGCCCUAGACUCGCACGGCGAAAAGAAAUCAAAUUGAGGUUUCGAAGAGAAAAACCCUCCGGAAAAGAUGAUGAAACUACCAUAUCAAUUUCCGAAUCCGAACCACUAGAAUCCGAUUCAAAUCGCAUCCAUGGCACCCACAAGCUCCUAAAUCAUAUAGUAUCGGUAUGGCGUUGCAGGUAUCCCUUAAGGCUUACAUCAGCUUCUAACUUUUGGCAUUUUGAAAAAUCUCCCUUGUAGUGAAACAGCAUUCUUGUUGCAGAUAAUCCAUCACAAUCAUGAUCAAUAACACCACAAAAGACGAUGAAUAUGGAGUUCUAUUAUACUACAACUACACCAACAUCCCAAAUCUCACUGACCUCUCCACCUUCUACACCACCAACUGCACCUCCCUCUCUCUCCUCGGCCGCAUCCGCCUCUCCCCUCACGGAGUCAACGCCACAAUCGGCGGUCAACUCUCCUCUCUAAAACAACACAUCACCCAACUCACCCAAAAAUACCCUUCCUUCACCUCAACCGAUUUCAAACUCUCAACAUCCACAAACCCUAAAAGCAACAACAAAAUAGCACAAGAAACCGGUUUCACAUCUCUCUCAAUCCGAAUCGUUAAACAACUCGUCACUUUCACCUCCCGCGCUCUUCCCAACCCGCCAGAACUCUCAAUUUCAAACGCCGGGCAGCAUUUAUCUGCCCGAGAAUUCCAUUCCGUUCUUGAAACUGCCCGAGAUUCGGGAAAACAAAAUCUCGUGCUCUUAGAUGCGAGAAAUUUAUACGAAACAAGAAUCGGGAAAUUUUCUUCCCCAAAUUUUGAAACUUUGGAUCCGAAAAUCCGACAGUAUAGCGAUCUUUCUAAUUGGGUUGAUGAUAACUCCGAAAAAAUACGCGGGAAACAGAUAUUAAUGUAUUGUACAGGUGGCAUUAGGUGUGAGGUGGCAUCUGCGUAUAUCAAAUCUAAAGGGGAGGGUUUUGAAAAUGUUUUUCAAUUAUAUGGAGGAAUUCAAAGGUAUAUGGAAGAGUUUCCUGAAGGUGGUUUUUUCAAAGGAAAGAAUUUUGUUUUUGAUCAUAGGGUUUCGGUUGCCAGCUCAGAUCCAAGAAUCUUGGGGAGUUGUUUGGUUUGUGAAAUCCCGUUUGAUGAUUAUUCUUCUAGAAGCCGAUGUAAUUACUGUCGGAUGUUGGUGUUAGUGUGCCACGCGUGCGAGGGUAAAAACGGAAAGUUAUUUGUUUGUGAGUUAUGUCAGAAAUACGAUAAGCUUGUUGAACAUGGAAAAAAUUCAAAUGUCAUUAUUGCCCCUCGGAAAAAACUUAGGAUUUUAUGCUUACAUGGGUUCCGACAAAACGCGUCUAGUUUCAAAGGGCGAACCGCGUCUUUUGUUAAAAAACUAAAAAACAUCGCGGAGUUUGUUUACAUCGACGCGCCACAUCAGCUCCGGUUCAUUUACCAAGAGAAAAAAAACGCUGACGUGGCAUUCGCGCAACCGAAAUCCGGAUGCAAUAGGAAGUACGCGUGGUUGAUCGAUCCGAAUGAUGACAUGGACAAAAGUGGGGACAUGGGUACGGAUUGGGAAACGGGUGGGGCCCACCGUUUUGAUUGUAGACAGUACGAGCACCAGACUGGCGGUUUUGAUGAGUCGUAUGUUUAUUUGAGAGAAAAAGUGGUGGAAGAAGGACCGUUUGAUGGGGUUUUGGGGUUUUCACAAGGGGCGGCUAUGGCGGCUUGUGUUGCUUUGAAAGGUGAGAUGGGUUUUAGAUUUGUGAUAUUGUGUUCGGGGUAUUUUGGUAAUUUUGGGGAGUUUGGUGAGGGGGGUUUGAUUAAGUGUCCUUCGCUUCAUAUAUAUGGGAGUGAUAAUGGGAAAGAUAGACAAAUAGGGUUUGAUGAGAGUAGAAGACUUGCUUUGAUGUUUGAGGAGGGGUGUUCGGUUAUGGUGGAACAUGAUUUUGGUCAUAUUAUCCCUACAAAGUCACCGUAUAUUGAUACGAUUAAAGAUUUUCUUCAACGAUUUCUUUAGGAGCUGUUUGGUAACCUCUGAAUCAGUCUGCAUUCAACAUGUUUGAUACAGCUAAAAUGGUGAAACGUCAUUGUAUCAUGUUGUGUAACGAAUUAAACUUAUCUAAUUAUUUGAUACAAAUGUUAUGUUAGUUCAAUUGACUUGGAA